UUCUGGCUCACAGUCAUGUCCUUUCAUGUUCCUCAGAUCGAUUUUGUGGCUCACGAUGACAUCCCGUACUCCUCAGCAGGGAGUGAGGAUGUCUACAAACACAUCAAGGAGGCAGGGAUGUUUGUUCCUACUCAGCGGACAGAAGGCAUCUCCACAUCGGACCUGAUCACCAGGAUCGUCAGAGACUACGACGUCUACGCCCGACGCAACCUCCAACGAGGAUACACGGCCAAGGAGCUCAACGUCAGCUACAUCAACGAGAAGAAGUACCGGCUGCAGAACCAGGUGGACCGGAUGAAGGAGAAGGUGCGCACGGUGGAGGAGAAGAGCAAACACUUUGUCUACCGGGUGGAGGAGAAGAGCGCCGACCUCAUCCAGAAGUGGGAGGAGAAAUCCAGAGAGUUCAUCGGAAACUUCCUGGAACUGUUUGGACCCGACGGGACCUGGGUAAGUUACUCUUCUUUAAUAAAGGACUUGUUACAGAGUAUUCCUACACUUUGGUUCUUCUACUUUUACUCAAGUACAAGAUGUGAGUACUUCCCCCACCUCUUGUAAUAACAUCUAUUCAAU